ACAAGGCACAAAAAAGAAAUAGAAAGAGAAAAUAUUUUCGCUCCUUAUUCUGCUUAUUACACCGAUUACAGCUCAUUCAAUUUCCGUUUUUGUCGUAUCUUCUGCCGAGUCCUUAAAUUCAAUCGAAUCUCUACACACUAAACGAUGGGUAGAGAGGACAAGGCUACUUGGAAGUCCAAUUACUUCACCAAACUAAUUCAACUAUUGGAAGAUUAUCCAAAGUGCUUCAUCGUAGGCGCUGACAAUGUCGGCUCUAAGCAAAUGCAGCAAAUCCGCAUGUCCCUUAGGGGCAAUGCUAUUGUGCUUAUGGGUAAAAACACUAUGAUGCGUAAAGCAAUUAAAGGUCAUUUAGAACAUAAUCCAUCCCUUGAAAAACUUCUACCACACAUCAAAGGAAAUGUUGGCUUUGUCUUUACUCGCGGAGAUCUCGUUGAAAUCCGUGAUAAAUUACUUGAAAAUAAAGUUCGAGCUCCAGCCCGCCCUGGCGCUAUUGCCCCUCUCCCUGUUGUUAUUCCAGCCCAAAAUACUGGCCUAGGUCCUGAGAAAACAUCUUUCUUUCAAGCCCUUUCCAUCCCUACUAAAAUUUCCAAAGGAACUAUUGAAAUUAUCAAUGACGUACAUAUCCUGAAACCUGGAGAUAAGGUCGGAGCUUCAGAAGCCACACUUCUCAACAUGCUUAACAUCUCUCCUUUCUCAUAUGGGCUUAUUGUAGAACAAGUUUAUGAUUCUGGUACAAUUUUUGCUCCCGAAGUAUUAGAUAUUAAACCAGAGGACUUGAGAGAAAAGUUUUUGGUGGGAGUAGCCAACUUGGCAGCUGUUUGUUUACAAAUAGGCUAUCCAACAAUUGCAUCAGUUCCACACAGCAUUGCCAAUGGAUUCAAGAACUUGUUGGCUAUUGCAGCUGCUACUGAUAUCGAAUUCAAAGAAGCUGCAACUGUCAAGGAAUUUCUUAAGGACCCAAGCAAGUUUGCUGCUAGUGCUGCACCAGUUGCUGCCGCUGCUCCUGCAGAAGUUGCAGCACCCGCGAAAAAGGAAGAAGUUAAAGAAGAAGAAGAAGAAAGUGACGAUGACUUGGGUUUUGGACUUUUUGAUUAAAAAUGUUAACUUUAGUGUUUGCUGUAUUUUUUGUAGAGCCUGACACGUCAAAUAAACAUUUGAAAUGAA